AUGAGCACAAAGGAGAUUGAAGAACAAUUGCUCAACGUCCAGAACAAGAACUCCUCAUACUUUGUUGAGUGGAUCCCUAACAUUGUGAAGUCCAGUGUGUGUGACAUUCCCCCAAUUAGCUUGAAGAUUGCUUCCACACUUGUAGGAAAUUCCACGUCGAUUCAAGAAAUGUUCAGGCGAGCGGAUCAGAAUGGAAUUCCAAGUGACCGUGAGAGGGAUGCAGAUCCAUUGGAUUCUGAUACAGAGGACAAUGGCAAAUUAGGAAAAAAUCUGGAGCUUAAAUGUACGGUGUUUGUAGAACGAUUUGCACAUGAUCAUGAUAAUGAUCCAAGAGAUUCUUAUGGGUUUUAA